AUGGAAGAUGGCGAUUCUGGAAGUCAAACAUCAAAUAUUAAAGAAGAAUUCGCUAAAGAAAGAAUAAGGGAUAGGAAACCUAAAUCCCGGGCUAUAUCGGUGACACAAUCGAAACUGAAUUUACGGGCACAAAUGAAACUAUUAGAAGAAGAUCGUCAGGAUCGAGAAAGUCAAAUAGGAUCAGUGCAUCGAUAUAUUUUGGAUAGUGCUGCAUUACUGCUUGGUGUAACAGUUGAUGAAUUAGUAGAAGGAAUUAUUGAUUCUGAUAGUUACAUAGAAACAUUCAAUACUUUGUUUCAACCAGGUGGACGAUGUGUGGGAAUUAUCCACUAUCAAAUGGGGGAUGCUCCAGACCUAUGGACUGGGCGUUAUAAUCCUACUUUACCUAAAGGCACUAAAAUAAAAUCAGCCGCUUUUUCAUCUGGCGAUAGUUUAGCAUUAACUGAUAUGGGUGUACUGGCUUAUCGACUGAAUGCAAAGAAACCAAUUGAAACCAAAAAUGUUGCUGAUGAUAUUUAUGUUCAAGCAAUAUUUGCUAGCCCUCCCGAAAAGACAGUAUGUGAUACAAUUGUAAGAUUGUUGGAAACAAGUAUUGUUCCAGCUAUUCAUGGACAGUCCGACUGGGGUGAAUUAAAUAAAACUGAACCUGGUCAUUUCAAACGAAACCAAUUUCUGGAUAAAUUUGAUCGAUUCAUUCAUUACAUGAAAGAGAUAAGAAAUAAUGUCGAUGCUCGUGUUACGUUUCACGUUGAUGAUGAAUUAUUCCAAAAUUAUUUACACUCACCAGCUGCAGCGAAACAAGCUUUGAGUCAAGUGGAUGUGUAUAAAGCAAUACAUUCUCAAGUGCGACAAUGGAUUCGUCAAAUGAAUCAUGUAAUUGUUGAAAGAAAUCAACUACGUCGUGAAGAUGAUAGCUUUGGGCCUUUUAAAGAAUUAGACUAUUGGCGACGUGAAUUAGCUAAAUUUGAAAGUGUUAUCGAACAAAUUAAAAGCAAAAAAUGCCAUAUGUAUAUUUUUUAUGUGAUGGCAUCUAAAUGUGAUUUAGGAAAGGUUUGA